AUGAUCAUGCUGCGAACCGUGAUGCUGGUGGCACUGGCCCUGUCACCAUACGCGCAGGCCUACAAGGUGCUCGGACUGUUCCCUCAUCCCGGCCAGAGUCACUUCCAUUUCUUUCAGCCGGUCCUGAAAGGUUUGGCAGAAGCCGGCCAUGAGGUAACGGUCGUCAGUCACUUCCCCGAGAAGAACCCACCACCGAACUAUCGCGACAUGCCGCUCGAAGGUAUGACAUCGCUGUCGGAUUCGGUCAGCUUUGAGCUGUUCGAGUAUCGGCCAGGUUUCGGCCAUUUCGUGGAGUUUUUCAUGCUGUACAACUGGGGAAAGGAAGCGUGCGCCAGUGCGCUCAACUCGACCGCCAUCAAAACGAUCCUGGACUCGAAGACCCAGUACGAUCUGAUACUGGUGGAGCAGUUCAACAGUGACUGCAUGCUCGGCGUUGCCCAUCAGCUGAAGGCACCGUUCAUCGGGCUCAGCAGCUGCCCGCUGAUGCCGUGGCACUACGAACGGGUCGGAAAUCCGACGCUACCCGCGUACGUGCCGGCACUGUUCAUGGGGUACACCGAGCGGAUGGACUUUUCGCAACGGUUAGCGAACUGGAUUACGGUCCAGUCGUUCAAGACGCUCUACAGCUGGUUUAACGAUGCCGCCGCCAACAAGUUGCUGCGCGAGCGGUUCGGCGAGGGCGUAAUACCGGACGUGCGCGAAUUGCAGCAACGCACCUCGAUGAUGUUCGUCAAUCAGCACUACUCGCUGAGCGGUGCGAAACCGCUCAGUCCGGCCGUGCUGGAGAUUGGCGGUAUCCACAUCCGGGACUUUCAGCCGCUGGAUGCGGACCUGCAGCAACUGCUCGAUACCGCCGACCAUGGCGUGAUCUACAUCAGCUGGGGAUCGAUGAUACGGGCCGCAACCUUGCCAGCGGAGAAGCGUGAUGCCAUCCUGCAGGCGUUGGGCCGAUUCAAGCAGCGCGUCAUCUGGAAGUGGGAAAACGAAACGCUGCCGAACCAACCGUCGAACGUCCACAUCCGCAAAUGGCUCCCACAGCGCGAGAUUCUCUGCCAUCCCAAGGUUCGCGUAUUUAUGAGCCACGGUGGACUGCUAGGAUCGUCCGAAGCUGCCUACUGUGGUGUGCCGGUAGUUGCAACACCAAUGUACGGCGAUCAGUAUAAUAAUGCAGCUGCCUUGGCUAAUCGUGGCAUGGGAGUGGUACUACCAUACGAAGAAAUCACCGUCGACUCGGUGCACGAAGCACUCCGCAAGGUGCUGGAACCAGAAGCAAUGGAAAACGCCAAACAAGUUUCGUUCUCCUAUCGGAACCGUCCCAUGAACCCGCUCGAUGCGGCCGUCUGGUGGUGUGAGCAUGUGGCCGCUACAGGUGGUCUUCCACUGGCGCAGUCCUACUCUACCGAACUGCCCUGGUACGCGUACCACCAGUUCGAUGUGUACAUUGUGACAAUCACCUUCCUCGUUAUCUACCACUGGUGUUGGAUAUGGCUGUUUAAGCGCGUCUGUUGUCGUGGUGUGUCGGGUUUCAGUGACGAAAAGCUUAAAACAAACUAA